AUGCGCAUGGAAAGUAUGGCGAGUGGACUUUGCCUCAGGCCGCUGCCGCGCUGGAAAGACAAAAGAGGCUCGGUGCCAAAACCCUGACAUGCUCUUCCUUCCUCGCAUCCGACACCAGCGACCUUCAUUCCUCUCCACCGAAGAGCGAGAUAUCAGGAUCGCGGCCGGUAUCGUCCCCGAGUCUGCAGCCUGUGUGAGCCGCCAUGGCGCUGCGUCUGCUGCCCGCCAUCAUCACGGACAACGACGACGACGACGACGGCAACUUCACCAACUGGAUGAGCAGCUACUGGGGGCACGGCGCCGAGGGCGGACGGUCCCGGGACAGGAAACACAGCUUUCGAAGACCCGCAGGGACCAGAGUGGACCGAAGGGCGUCGCUUCCCACCGUGUCCCAAUUAGACGCCAUGAAGCUGAAGCGGCUGCACGCCAACGCCAUGGCGCCGGCCUCCGUCCACGGGCAGAAGAGGGAGGAGAAGGGCGAGGUGCGAAGUCACCAGAGAGCUCGCAGGGCUUCUUCCGACGACAGCGGGCGCCACAAGUCGGCCAUGACAGAGAAGCGCAUCAGCACCAUCCCGGAACUCACCGAAUCCCUGGAGAAGAGACUCUCUCUGCAGGACAAACACACAUUGGCGGUGAAGGAUGUUGACAAGUUGUGUGCGCUCUGCCAUGACAACGUCUUCCAAGAUGGCGGCAUGGCGCUUGAAGGACUGCCGUGUGUGCACGCCCUACAUGAGGAGGUCGGCCGCAGGUCGGUGCAGUGCCGAGCACGAAGCGGCAGCGAGGCGGCGGUGGCGGCGGCCUGUCUGGUGCGGCGACUGCUGAGUGGCAGGCGGAGGUCGGCGGACGAGCCCGUGUCGGCUAUGGAGGGGCAGCACACUUUCCGCCGUCAGCUGUCCCUGCGGAGACACCGCUGAUGUCUCAUGUGGGCGGAGACACCGCUGAUGUCUCAUGUGGGCGGAGACACCGCUGAUGUCUCCUGUGGUUCGAGGCCAACGCCAUCUUCUGAACUUUUUGUUUAUUUAUGACUUAUAUAUCUCAUAUUUCUGCUCUCGUUCUAUAAAGUUGUGUUUGUAAAGUAGUUAUUUCAACGUAGAAUAUAUUUACACUCUCUUUUGUUAGCUAACUUUUUGUUGUUGUUUUUCUUCAUUUGGUGUUGUUUAACAAUGUGUGUAAGAUUUAAUGCUCAUAAUGUGUGUUCUUAAACCUAACAAA